AUUAACCUAAAAGAAAAGCAUGGGAAAAAAAAAGAAAAAGAAGAAACGGAGAGUUUUGUUUCUGUCUCGAAUCUGGAUGUUUCUUCAGCACUAUCUUUCUUAUCACUGCUAAACAGAGUAUUCUCGUGUCUUUGAAACGGCGAGAAAAUGGCUUGUUUACAUGAUCAUAACUGCGAAGAUCACGAUUGCUCUGCUAACUGGUCUCUUUACAAAUACAUAGACCUUCCUAAGGCAUCUGCGCUAAAUGAGGCGGUUGCAGGAAGUGUGAAGUCAGUUUUUAAACCUUGGGAGCAGCGUCUUGAUUUUUCAGGGGAAUACUUGGAAAGCAAUUAUGGUGAUCCUGAGUUGCUUGUUUAUAUCCCAUUCUCACCUGAUGUUAAGAUCAAGAGCAUUUCAAUUGUUGGUGGUGCUGAUGGAACAAGUCCAUCGAAGAUGAAAGCAUUCAUUAAUCGAGAUAGCAUAGACUUCUCAGAUGCUCAAAGUAUGCAACCUGUUCAGGAGUGGGACUUGGUUGAGAAUUUGCAAGGAGUGUUAGAGUACCAGACAAGAUUUGCUAAAUUUCAAAGUGUUUCAAGCAUCACAUUGCACUUUCCUGGUAGUUUUGGUGGUGACACAAGUCGCAUACACUAUAUUGGCUUUAGAGGUGAAGCCACGCAGCUGAAGAGGGAUGUUGUUUCAACCAUUGUUUAUGAACUCAGGCCCAACCCUUCGGACCACAAGACGAGCAAUAUUUCUGGUGGUCUUAUAGAUUUUGAUAAAUGAAGAACAAGUCCUCUGUUUUCUUAACAAGGAACGGAUCGAGACCUUGCUGUACAGUCAUGACGGAAUGAUUUAAUCCUUGUUAUUUUGAACCCCUUUCUCUGCUGGCGGGCGUUUCUUGUAAUGGCACUCUACUUACAGGAAGAAAAGGACAUUGCUAUUAGUUUAUGUGUGUUUUGAAAAGUUAUUCUUUGUUCUUAUUGAUUACUAUCUAGUUUCUUGCUGAAAGAUUUUAUCCGAUGAAAAUAUCCUGUCCCUGGUUUGCUAGUUAAUAUAUAAUUAAAAUAUUUUUUUU